CAGAACGCAAAUGCAAAUCAUUUCGAACAGCUCGGUGGCUUGAAAAACUACCCCAAAGCUAAGUGCAAACCAUUGUUUAGCCAUUGCUUCGCCAUUUGGUCCAGCAAAACCCGUACAAAGUAAGCGAACCCGGUUGUCGGGCCCCGGCACAAGGACGUUCCUACGAUCAGCUGUGGGUGUGUGUGUGUGCGGGCGCGUGCCAUGGAACCCGUGCGCACGCAUCGCAGUGUGCGUGUGCUGGCGUGUACGUACGGUGCUGGGCAGGUUGGUAGUGUUUGUGCCGGCCCGUCCACUUGUAAGUGGUCCAUCGGCCGACGGAAGCAGCAGCUUCGGCAGUGGCUGUCAGCAGCAGCGAAAAAGCAGCAGCAGCAGCAGUAGUCAGUAGCAGGGCAGGCGAGCAGCAGCACGGUGCAGCCAACAGAAUCCAAGAGACGGCCUCCCCUCCACCACCGUGCGUUCGUGUCGACGGUGUGAAAAGAAAGGACAAAGAAAGUUGUAACACUAAUCGCUCUCUGCGGUCGGUUACUACUGUGCUUGGAAGCAGUAUUUCCAAUCGGAACAAAAAUCGGAUCGGAUUCGAAUCGAAUUCUAACGCGAGGUGACAGAGCUGUGUGAUAAAAAAGGAUGAAAGUGUGAGAAGAAGAAAAGGAAAGGAAAACGAACACCCAACUUGCGGGCCCGGCUGUGAACGUGAAGAAGGAGAUUUUUUUCUUCUCAAUUCCAUUCCACUCGUUUUUCUUGCCCCCCCUCCCCCUCCUAUCUAACUGGUCGGAUUUCCUCCCGCUACGCGGUAGUGUAUGUGCCGUGUGCGCGCGUGUGUGUGUGUGUUCGCUCCCAUUGAUUGUGUCGCGUGCGGACGUGCGUGCAUGUGUGUGUGUGUACGUGCACACGGGGUGGGGGUGUGAAUGAUCACGGAAGAGACGUGAAAAGUAACGUGAAGUGACGUGCGGCAGAAGGGUGGCUUUUUUUUAGUUCGUGUAUGUGUUUGUAUGGUGGCGUUGCCCCCUCCCCGCGAUCAGCCGUUGUGCAGUGUGAAGUGUGUGGUGUGCGGUGCCGAUUAAAAACGCACAGCAGCGGUCUCUCGACGUGGUUUCCUUCGAUUUUUUUUCGGCCGUUGAAGGAAGACCAGAGUGUGAGUGAGAGAGAGAGAGAGCUGCGGCGGCGACACUGGGAUCAAUUUUUCGGUCGGUCGAAGCCAGCGGUGUCACGAAACGUGUUUGGUGUUGGUUGCCGGGCAGCAGCAGCAGCAAGGAGGUGUCGUACUCCCCACAUCCUCCCCCGUACAUCUACCGGAAGGAUUGUCCCGUUCGCUGUUAAAGCUGCUAGCCAGCGGUAGCAACAGCAGCGCUUUUACACCCAUCAGAAGAAGAUAAAGUGAUCGUGCAUGUGUGUGGCUGUGUGUGUGCGUGUCUUUUGUGCAGGGGUGAAAAAAGGCAACCCGCUUGCGCCCCGUCCCCCUUUUGCUAAUGCAACACAUUAAUACACACACUCCAAGCACACAUACAAAAAUCCUUCAAACACACACACACAGUGUUUGCAGUGUGAGGUGAAAAGCGGGGUGCCGCUAUAGGAAGAUUGCACGAGUGCAACGAAAACGAGGUUGAAAAGUGAGAAGAAGCGAAAAGAUUCCGUAACCACCCAUAGCAGCAGCAGCAGCAGCAAAAGUGGAAAGAAAUUGCGAGUGGCUGUGUGUGUGUGUGCUUUUGUGCGCGCGUGUAUGUCAGUGUGGUGAGGUUUCUGCUUUUUCGGGUUUUUGUUAACUCGCACGCUUGCGGGUGAACGAGUGUGAGAGAGAAAGAGAGAGAGAGAGAGCGCAAGGGAACUGUGCAACCCAGCACAGUGUGUCGUCUAUCCUUGCGGAGCGCAAGCUAGAGGGAAGCGAAAGCGCGCUAGAGAAGCAACGCGCUAGAGACCGGUUCCGCUAUCUCUGUCGUGUGCACGCUCGCUCGCUCACACCGGGUCCCGAAUGUCGGGCGACGGGAUGUGUGUGUGUGGUGUGGUGUCGCGCAACGUGAAUAGAGAAAAGCAGUAGUAGUUGGCCGUGGAACGACGUCGUCGUGUGCGCGAAAUGAUGUGUCCGUCCGCUCGGGCGUGUGCGUGCUAGUGUGGGUCAAAGUGGAAGUGGGGGAGAAAUAAAGGUGGUAGCAACUCGUCGAUCGCGCUCCGCGUGUCUCUGUCGAUCUCGCUCCUCACUCCCCACGGUUCGGUCACAGAAACGUCACGACGAGCGCUCGUACAAAGAGAAGCUCACCCGUGUUGGUGUGUGUGUGUGAGCGCGUGAAAUUGAUGAAUUAGGAAGCUAGUUAGUGGCUGUCACAGGAAGGACGGUGUGCGCGGGUGACCAUUUAGUGUGCGCUGGUGUCAGUGUGUGUGGUGUGCAACACGAGCGAAGGGAGGGCAAAAGAGACAGACAUCGUCUUCUCUCUCUUGCGUGCGUGCACGCGCUCGCUCGUGUGUGUGCGGCUGCUUCUCAUUCAUUUCGGAAAACGCGUACAUAUCCAACCAACAAACACACAAACACAGCGAAAGAAACGCACACAGUUGGAACAUUGCGGGUCGCACACAGCUAUACAAGUCAGUCACACAUACAACCCCCUCUCCCCCCUCGUACACCAGCAGCAGCGCGGAAGAGAUGAGCCGAUGAGAAGAGAUGCUGUCGGUGGUUAUGUAUGCUGCUGGCUCGGCCGCUGCUGGCCUGUGAGCGAGAGCGAGACGGGUGCGCCGCACACAUCACCGUCGGUGGGUUCAGCUGGCAACAAAGUGUGUUGACCACCACCCCACCAUCGAUUGGAGGCGAGUGUAGUUGACCGACUAAAGGGCGAAAACGGCAACCAUCAUUGGCUCAAACCAACAAGAAAAAAAAGUUAUGGAUAGAAGGGACUCAUCGGCAACUGCGUGAGGAAAACAAUGCAUCGGUCGGGCUGGAUGCAGCCUUCACACCACGGCAACCCUGUCACCAGUGUAAACGGUAAACGGUUUGCGAAGCAGCGGAACGCUGGUAGUGCCAUCAACACCACCACUAUCCUCGGUAGCAGCUACUACGAGGCGGCCACAGCAAUCACCAACACCACUAUCUGUCCAACGGCCGCCACUGUCGCCGUCAACGCAUCCGCCAUCAACGACGAUGAUGCAUCGCAAGAAGCGAAAGUGUAAACUUUCCUCGUGAACAACUUAAAUGUGUGCCUUAUCUCAUUGCUAAAAAAACACACACAACCCACAAACCCACACAAGCUAUAACUACACGUCCUGAGUGUCCUGUUAAUCCUGGGACGAGUUAAAACCGAACGCGCACAACAUACACCCAUACUUACCCUAUCGUCAGGCGCAGCAACAUCCGCAACAUUGAACCAGUCUGCAAACAAAGCUACAGAAAAAAACCAUCCAGUUUUCAUCAACAACCAACUACUCCUUGUUACAGUCCUUCCAGAACUGUGGAUAGUAGUAAAACCUAACUCCAGAGCCAAGGCGAAGAGAAAGAGAGAGAGCGAAAGAGGAAGAAAGGCAGAAACAAUCAACCACAACCACCAGCCAGUCGAUCAAUCACCGCAAGCGCGUCCUAGCGGGACGAAUCAGGAUCGGGAAGGAUAAAGAAAGGAAAGUACGACGAAACGCGCGUAUUCUUUCCCCCCCAUUAUACUCCUACGAAACUGCACACCUUUCCGCUCGGUGUGCAUCAUCAUCGCAUCCUGGUGUCCUGUUGCGGUGUGUCCUGGACUCUCCGGAUUUAUAUACAAAUUUACAUUUGUAGUUUUAUAUUUUAAACAAAAUCUAAACCUUAACACACACACACGACGCCACUCGACGCUUCUCGAGCCCAGUGCAAAUCUAGCUGUGAACGCGUGUCUGCGUGUGCUGCGUACGUAUCCUUUCACGCGCACCGGAAGGAAGCAAUCAAUUAGGCGGUGGGGAUAGGUUUCGGCUGCUCCAGGCUACUUGUGCAGUGUGUUUGUGUCUAUACAGAAGUACAACGAAUUUCGAAUUUGGACGUGUGAAGCGCAGCACAAUACACAAGAAGGAAGAGCAAGAGAUACCGGUGGAGAUAGCGAGAGAUAGAAGGAGAAGAGAGCGCAUACAAAUAAUAAUAAUAAUAAUAAUAUUAACCCGGUAGUACAACAAACGCUUGUCGUAGACAGGUGUGAUUAGUUUGUAAAACGUAAAAAAAGCAACUCAUGCAGAUUAUAUUCACAUCGCCAUACGAUUAAGAACGAGAGACAGAGAGGGGGAUCGAAUCCUCGAAGGAAAAAUCUACAAAGAUAAGGAACGCACGAAGAAGAAGAAGAAGGAGAAGAGGAUCACAGCCUUCCGGUCCGUUUGCUGUAAGACAGUAAGCAAGUGGAAGAGAACCGAAGAGAACCGAGGAGAGAGAGCAAGAGGAUCCUAAUACACUUCCACCGUGGUUGUAACCGCCGUUAGCCCGUCUUUUUUGUUACGUGCUUCCUGUGCUUCCUUCUGCCGUCGUUGUCCGAGGGUCGUUCAUUGUACAUGCGUGCAUGAACGGUGCAUCAAGCGACGAGUACUCUGGUGCUGCUGCAUGCAACGUCGAGGGUCGCACUCACUGGCCCCAGUAGCAGCGGCGGAAGUGUUUGCAUAGCAGAGGAAACGAACGGGCGCACAGUAGGAAACGACAGCAGGAGGGGACAUCACGAGAGACACCAUACACACACACACGACGGGGUGCGGUGGAGUGUAGUAAUGGAGGAAUCGCAACAGACGACAGCAUCGCAGGCGGAACAGCAGCAGAAGGAACAGCAGCAGCAACCGUCGCAGCCGGCACAACCACCGCCCCAGCAACAGCAGCAGGGCUUUGGGACGUACAUUGCGCUGGAGGACAGUACCGGGCCGCCGACGCUGGUGGACGAGCUAGCCUUCGAGAAGGAUGACAUCGUGCACGUGUGGAUGCCGACGGUGACUAAACCGCCGACCAGUACGGCGGCUGAAGGUGAAGGUGGACCGCGCGUCGCCUGGUACAAGGCCACCAACGCGCGCACCAAGCAGACCGGCUACGUGCAGUUGAGCAAACUCUCGCCGCUGGAAAACAUUGACCCCGUUGUGUACAGCGGGGGCACAGCGCGCCAGUACAUCGGUACCGUUCCCGCCGGUACCUGCGUGUCCAUCGGUUGCGCUUGCGUUGCCGGUGGUCUGCAGCAACAACAGCAUCAGCAUCAGCAGCAGCAGCAACAGCAGUCACAACAAACCGCGAUCUCUGACGCCUUCGGUGGGCUGCGGCUAGCCAGCAGCGGCACCACACCGGGCACCACCGAUACGACCGGGUCCAAUGCGGAAGAGCUCUACGUGAAGUGCGUAACGCCCGCCACGGUGCUAAAAGAUCCAGCACUAAAAGAUGAAAUGGCUAGUAGAACCAGUAACAGAGCUCACGCGACCGAGUUUGUUUAUUUUGUAACACCCAUUAUAUGUUUGUUUUGCCGGGACUACAUCUGGGGGCUUGGAAGGCAAGGUGGACAGUGUAGAAACUGCUCUGCAUGUUUCCAUCUCAACUGUCUGCCGUACACCUGCUACAGGCCGUGCCAAAGAAAUCCGGACAUGUACCAGAACAUACCGAGUACUUUCAGAACGGAAAAGUCAAUUAACGAAUGGACGACGGAAAAUGUGCUGGAAUGGAUGACCGCUGUUAAUAUGUAUGACCAUGUGGAGGUAUUCAAAACGAAAGCUAUAAAAGGCUGUGAUUUACCGAAAUUGGAUCGUGAUAAGCUUGAACAAAUGGGUAUUAAGAAUGAUUUCCAUCAGCAAAGCAUCCUGACGACGAUCACGCAACUUCUGAUGAGCGCAGAGAUGACUGCGGCGGCGGCGGCCGACCUGCCGAUCGUGCCGGCCCCGGUCAACCUGCCGGUCGGCACCGACCACCAGCAGCAGCAGCAGCAGCAGUACAACGGACACAACCUGGUGAACGGUUCGUUUUCGAAACAGCAAAAAUGUGAUAUGUGCAAGAACUACCUGCUAGGACUGGUCCACCAGGGACUGUUCUGCACCCAGUGCAAUAUGGUCGUACACCGGCAGUGCUCGGUGAUGGGCCUAAGGCCAUGCAGUGCCGCUGGCACGCAACAGCAGCAGCAGUCGCAACAACAGUCGCAACAGCAGUCGCAACAGCAAUCGCAGCAACAGCAACCAACACAGCAGGUGGGGUCCACGACGGGCGGGUACAUGCUCGGAGGCGCUUAUCGGCAGGAGCACCAGCACAUGUUUGGCAAGAGCCUCUGCCUGCUGUUCGACGUCCAGCAGCAGGCGGCGCCCCAGAUCGUGGUCGACCUUUGCACCAGCCUGGAGAAGAAGGCGGUGAUGGACAAGGGGCUGGACCUGUACGUGGUGUAUCGCACCACCCCGCUACGGUACGACGAGGUGAACAAGCUGCGCGACGCGCUCAACGAGAAUCUGCUCAACAUCGAUUUGAACGGCUACACGCCGGAGUGCGUCGCGACGGUGCUGAAGAAGUUUUUCCACGAGCUGCCCGAUCCGCUCAUACCGGUUGCGUGGUAUCAGUCGUUCAUUGACGCUUCGUUGCUCGACGAUCAGCAGGCUGUCGAGCGCAUGAAGGGAAUCAUACAAGAGAUGGCGCCACAUCACAACAAGACGCUGCAGUACUUCAUGCGGCACCUGAUCCGAAUCUGCCGGUUGCAGUUUAUGCGCGGCAACAAGCAGCAGCCGACGAUGCUGCUGCAAAACUGGUGCCAUAUUUUGAUGCGCCCAGCGUGGGAAAGGAUCGUGCACUUCGUGGCGAACAUAAAGAACCAUCUGCGAGUGCUGGAGCUGCUGAUGUACAAGAUUGACUGGAACGAGGCGUUGCCGGAGUUUCUCUCCAUACCGGCCGUGCCGCCGCGUAAGACGUCCCGCACGGGUAGCGGUGCCGGUACCGGUCCCGGGUCGACGAAAAAGUCCAUCAUAGCCUCGCCGGAGGGCGGAUCGAUCGGUGGUCCGCUGCUCGAAAGCGAUUACAGCACCACCACCACCGGCAGUGGCAGCAGCGGCAACACGCUCGGGCGAAGCGCGGCACAGCAGUUCCCUAAUGGCGGCGGUAUGCUCAUGUCGCUGAUAACCGAUCCGAACACGCCGCAGGAGCUGCGCGACGCGGAAUGGUACUGGGGCAAGAUAUCGCGCGACGUGGCGAAGGAGAAGAUGAUGGACGCGCCGGACGGGUCGUUUCUGGUGCGCGACGCCAUCAACGAUGCGGGCGAGUUCACGCUGGUGCUGAAGAAGGACGGCACCGAUCGGCCGAUCAAGAUCUACCACAAGAACGGCAAGUACGGCUUCACGCAGGAGUGCACGUUCGAGAGCCUGGUCGGCAUGAUCAACGAGUUCCGGACGACCACGCUGAAGGAGUACAACACGAUCCUGGACAUCAGCCUGCUGUACCCGAUCUCGCGGUUCGAGGACGAAAGUCUGUAUCCGGCGGCGGGCGACAUACACCAGCUGGCGGCCAGCUUCUACGAGACGGUGCAGAAGCUGACCGACCUGCAAAACAUGCGCGAGUCGACGCUGGAAGCGUUCAACGUCUGCCAGUCGCACAUGGAGCUGCGGCGCCAGGCGCAGGAAGCGUUCAUCGAGGCGGACAAGCUGUUCAACGACCAGCUGCUGACGCAGGCCCGCUACGAGAAGGAGGCGCAGCCGCACGAGCAGCGCAGCCUGGCGCAGAACCGCACGCUGAUCGAGAGCCGGCUGGAGGAGCUGCGCAAGUGCAAGAAAAACCUGGACGAGGACAUGGAGCGCGAGCGGGAGCGGAUGCGCGAGCUGCAGCGGGAGGCGAUGAAGCUGAAGCCGGAAAUCAUGAACCUCAGCAAGCAGAAGGACCAGUACCUGGAGGCGCUCAAGCGCCAGUCGAUCACGGACGCCCAGAUCAAGCAGAUCCUGAAGGACGGCUACCUGUCGACGGCGAACCCGGACGGCACGCAGGAGCUGCCCCACCUGGACGAGACGACCUGGCCGGAGCGGUACUCGCGCCAGGACGCGGAGAAAAAGCUGGCGAACAAGCCGACCGGCACGUUCCUGAUACGGGCGCGCAACGCCGGCCACUACGCGCUGUCGAUUGCGUGCGACGGGCGCGUCAACCACUGCAUCAUCCACCAGACGGAGCGAGGGUACGGGUUUGCGGAGCCGUACUACAUCUACGAUUCGCUCAAAUCGCUCGUCGUGCACUACGCGACCAACUCGCUCGAGGAGCACAACGAUCUGCUGCAGACGACGCUCAAGUAUCCGGCGUUCGCGCCGAACAUGCCGAGCGGCAGCGGUACCAGUGGCAGUGGCAGUGGCAGCGGGCAAACCAGCGGAGGUGGUGGUGGUGGUGGUGGUUCGUCUUCUUCCCGGCAACAAGGAUCGGUCCCAUGGUCGACUUCGUUUGCUGCCUAAAGGGGGUCGACGUCGUCGCCACCAUCAGCUUUUGCAGUGCGUCGGUAUUGUUUUGUUUUGUUGUUCUCUCGCUCGCAGGUGGUACUGCUGUGUGUGCGUGUGUGUGUGUGUGAUGUUCGGUAAUUUAAAAAUGUACGUAAAACAUACCGCUGUUAUAGCUGCAAGCACGAUUUAAGGUAGGCUAAGUAACUGGACCCGAUGAAUGCAGGGAAGGGACCUUCGAACCGGGCUCUCUCCGGUUCUUCCCGCUAGAGAGGGAAACCAUCUAUUUUUUGUUGUUGUCUCUUCCCUUUUAAAUUGUUCGUAUUUCGGUGUAGAGCAGAGCAGUUGCUUCCAAAAUUGGGAAUUUAAAGUGCGUUUGGUAGAUGUGUAUUUUUUGUUUUAAUUUUUACAAAUACGUAUACACACACGUGCGCGCUGUGCUCGUUUGGUUGCGUUAUGCGAAAUGCGCGCGCGCAAAGGAGGUAGGGGAGUUGAUAUUAAUGGCGCGGAAAUUUCAUUCUUUUAUAAACAAAAACACACACACAUAUACACACACAUACAAUAUUGUCAUCAGCACCACAGCCCCACAAUCCCACAAAAUGAUCGCGCGAACGAAGGAUAGUUUUUAGACAAAUGCUUUCAUGCUAAGUCUACAUUUAUGUAUGAAGGCGUUAACGUAUGCGACGUACGUUCUACGACAGCCCAUUACAUAACAAACGCUCCACUCCAGCAGUGUUUCGGAGUGAUCUACGCGCUGCGGCUCUCCCGGACGACGGUUACGGCACGGCACGCCCCCCAAAACUCCAGUUUCGAUGCAUUUGGGUUUUACUUUUACUUUCGAGGGUGGGGAUGUGUGUUUCCGUGAUUAAAGAAAUUGGAUAAUGAAUACAGUAAGCUUUGGUUUGGUGGGCGGCACUCACAUUUGCCGCUGCCGCCGUCAAAUUUGCGGUUCGGGGUUAGGGGUUUACGUAUUAAUGCGCUCGGCUCGGUAUAGGAUGUGUAUAUCGUGUUUUUUUGUUGUUUAUUUUUUGAAAAGGGUAUUAUUUUUAUUCUAACACGUGUGUAGCAUCCAUUCGCAUUGAAGCGCGGCGUAGCAGAGCAUUAAAGCAGCAUGUAUCGCGUGCAAGUUUUGCCAAGACCAUCCUCUGCGUGCUCUUUGGCGCUGGUUUGCUAGCUAUAGCCGGGGCGGUUGGAGAACAAAACGAGAUUUUAGCUAUUCCUUGUUGUCCCCUUCCCCAUUGGAAGCAACACAAAGGAAAAUUGGGAAAUAAUAAUAAAAUGCAAAGCUUGAGGUGAAGGACAGUGCCGAUGUGUUGGGCUUUUACGUGCAUCAAAUAUUAUAAACUCCAUGAGUUAAUUGAUUCGGACGAGCACAACGGAUGGGGAACGGAGGACAGUACGGAGAACAAAACCAGGGAAGCUGCGACAAAGCGUAGUAGACACGGGUGAUACAAAACAAAACAAAAAAAAAACCGGCAUGACGAAUAACGGCCGCGAGGUGUGUGUUGCUGCUAAGGUAGUAGAGAUAGACGCAAGGACGCAAGCGUGUGUGUGUGUUGUUGUGUAGUAAGGAAAAGCGUUGGGGUGAUAAGACGAGCAGGGCCGCCGUGGAUGGUAGGGUGGGAGGAAGGUGAUCCUCAGUAAAGGGCGAUCGUGUUGUGUGCGCGUGUGCGUGUGUGUAUGUGGGGGUUUUAAGCUGCAAUAUAGAUUGCAGCAUUUUGUACCCCCACAGAACCCCUCCACACGCUGACGCCACACGGUAGAGAAGAAAAUCGCGAAACGGCUGCUAACAUACAUCGACGUAACACGAUUGAGGUGAAAAGAAGAGAAAGAAGAGGGAGGGGAGAGUUACGUUCGCUCGUUCAUUUGUAUAUGCUGUAAUCGUUAAGCACACAUUUACAUUAUCCUAAUUUUAGUGUGACACCAUCUCGCUCGGAAGAUGGACAAGCAAAGAGUUAGCAGGCAAAAUGCGAUCGCGUAAGGUCUUUUGGUGUCUUUUGCACAUUUUGAUCAGUUUGCUGAAAUGUUUUUAAUGCAAAGGAAGCGGGAAAUGUUUGUUUUCUGUUUUUCUUCGAAUUGUUUGAUAUGUUCCCUUGCUGCACAUCAUGCCCAGAUGCAUCUGGAAAAGGUCAGAUCUGUAAAAAAAGCAACGGAAGGAAGGGCUAUAGAGAGGAUGUAGUGGUUGAAGUAAGGUUAAAAUCGCGGCCAAAUACUGAACACACACACACACAUACGGGAAGAAAUGGAAGGGAGCGAUCGCGCGUCCCGUUGUGCUCCGUUAUACUGGCUUGCCCGAUCGCUGCACGCGCACAACUGUUGUAGGUGUAACUCCCCCCCCCUUUUUAAGGGCGACAGCGCACUCAACGAGAACCGAGUCUCUGGUUGAACAUAAAAAUCUGUGGAUUAUUUGUAAAGUGAGUAAAGUGUGUAUAUUAUAUGAAUGUGGUUUCUGGACGGGAGCGUGAGUGUCUGAGCGAGUGUUUGUGUGUGUGUGUGUGGGAUACAAACUGUGAAGAGAGAGUGUAAGAGGAUGUUUUAGAGUUUUGUCUGAAUGUUUAGGAAUCAAACAAAUAUUGCGUAACUGUGUUAAACCUACCAUGUAAGCGUUCAGUAAAGAUAGAUAUAUAUUAUAUAUUCUAUAUUAUAUAUAUAUAUGUAUAUGUAUAGACAUAUUUGUGUAUACAUAGAUGCAUGUGUGCCACGUUGUACAUGCUGCAUGUAUGUAUAGAUAGAUAUAUAUAAGAUAUGUAUGUAGAAGGUACCGAUAAUACCUAACCAUUAUGUGCGCCCGUGUAGGUAUGUGUGUGAUGAUAAACAUAACUUUGUGAAACAAAAAAACAAAGCAACGCGUAGAAUCGUUCAAAAACAACCCUUACCCGAUAGAAGACCAAGCAAGGAUUGGAAAAAACAAACAAACAAACAAACAAAUGAAACAAUCGAAAACGGUGAUUUGCCGCGUGUACAGAGGAUAGCAGCAAAGCAGAGGCGAAGAAGAAGAGUGGUAGUGGUGGUCCCCUAGUCUGACUAGGUUUGGGAAGUGUUGGUACUGAAAAUCAAAAUCAAACAAAGUUUAAACCCCCCUUCUAGACGGUGUUUUCCCGCAUCGAGCAGCGGAUAAGCAUACACAACACAACAAGUAUGAGUAGUUUACAUAUGUGUGUGCAGAUAAUAUAUAAUCAAAUUGGAGAAGAAACAAACAAAAUAGGGGCAGCAAGUUAACCAAACCAACUUCUGGCAUUCAAACGCUGUCGCUGCACGUUAAAGCUUUCUGUCUAAUGUUUGCAAACAAUUGCAAUACACACACAUACCCUACCCUUUACAAAUGAUGAUCGAUCAUAAAAACACCAAAAUUGACAGUUGUGCAUGACCCCAUGCUCUUAGGUAUGUUUUGAAUCACCUUCGUUCUGUUUCAAAUAAUAGUGCGGCUACUUGCAUAUUGGACGCUGGACGCUAUUAUUAUUGGCAAAUAGUAACCCGGAAUCACAAACGGUGACAGUGACAGUGACAAAAACAUUAUUGAAGCGUUUACCAUGCGUAUAUAUAUAUAUCGAUUACAAAAUAUUGUUGUGCAUGUGUGUGUGUGUGUCUGUGUCUGUUGUAUAGGUUGAAAACAAAUUGAAAUAAUUAUACACAAACGACAAGAAGACAAGGUGUAGGAGGAUUAAUCCCUGCAGAGAUGAAGGGACAAAACAGACCAGGGAAUAACGGCAUGAUAGAAGGUGAUGGGGAGGGAGCAAAGGGGCUAAGUGCUGCCUAGCUUCGCUCCCCUGAUCCGGAUGAUAUAUGUAUAUGUAUAAAUUCAGCAAAAUAUAGAACAACAAAUAUGAAAACACACUAUAGAUUCACACACACACUCAUCAAGUACUAUACACCCGUGCAAAGGGGAAAUUUUUUUUAGAGCUUUCGUGCAGGGCGAUAGAGCGAUUCACAACCCAAUUUCUCUUCUCCGUAUGCUUGCACGCGCGGUGGUGAUGUGAACAUCAAAUUUGCACAACAAACUAAUGUGCGUGCUCGUCUAGUCGUUUAGAAUUGGAAACCAAUCAUCAUCAUCCCACUUCCAUUAUCGAGCACCACAUUUUUCCAUCAGGCAACGAUCAUUACACAGCUGCGUGCGCGUGCGUUAGCUUAUGUGUAGUAGACUUUAAAAGGAAGGCGAAGAACAACCAACCAACCCACACGUUAGCUAAAGAAUCCUUUCAGUGUGCAGGGGAAACAUUUGGAACCAAUAGUGCAAAGCGUGUUCCGACUGCAACGCGCUCUGUAAUGUGUGUGUGUGUGUUUCUGUUCAAUAGGGGCUUAUCCGUCAACAUACAACGUACAAAAAUUAUACACAAAAAUACGAGGAGAUUGCAAAAAAAAAAAACACAUUAUCAGUUAAGCAAAACAUUGUUAAGCAGACGGCAGCGUGUCAAAAGGGCAAGAGAUUCAAGCAAACAAGCAAAACAAAACAAAAAAACGCUUUUUAUGUGCUCUCGUAUAUUGAUAGGUGCAAGCGAUGCUCUUUUACGAUGCACGAUUGUUACUAAAAUGUGUAGAAGCGUGAUUAGGGGGCGUUUAGAAAAAGGAGCACCGAGAACGUAUGACUAUGUCCUUCUUUGUUUUCUGAUGCAACAGAUACGCGCACCAACAAUGGCUGCAAACAAUGUAAGCAAAACAGUGCUAAGAAGCUCUUCCCCAGCGCUUACGCCACAGAAACGGACACUAUUACUUCCUUGGACGUGUGUGCACCGCUUUGUCAUGUUGUGUAAGAGAGUAACAGUGGACGGAAGCUAGUAACAACAAUCUUUAAAAACAAAAAAACCAACCAGUUCCCCCCUCAACCAAACAACUCUAGAACGCCAAUCUUUUUUAAAUGUACGCGGGCAGUGCAAAAAAUGAAGAUGGAAAAAUUAUAAGAAGCGAAAAGAGAAAGGAAUGAAAAGAGAUAGUAAGAGAGUAGCAAGUAAAGGAAAACAAACAAACAAAACAAACAAAUCAACAAUCUCUGGAAAAAGGGAGGAAUGUGUGUAAGAGAGAUAAAAAACAAAAAUACAACAAACAAAAA